ACAACACAUAUCACCGUCAACCGAGCUGCCGCAAGGGGAGCUUCGCAUCCUAACUCACCCGACACAUUGCUGCACGGCGCGAUGUCGGCGCGCUAAAGGAACACACCUCCACACGCACACUCACGAUACCCGUAGCAACCAUGUCGACAGCAGAAGGACAACCCAGCAGCUCUUGCGGGUCGCAGGCCGCGAAGGGCCCACGCAAGCGCAGAGGCGGCACCUGCUGCGCUGCUGCACGGGGCGGCGAGGCGGAAAAGCGGCAGCCUGAACAGUACGAGGAGGAUGAGAUCGUAUCGGAGGACCCACAGCAGCACCAGCGACAGCGCCGGCCGCUAUCCUUCAGUCGCUGGUUCGCGCGCGAGGCUCGCGCCACCGACGUGUUUAUGGUGCUGGCGGAGGUGCUCAUUAUCAACUGGCUGCACGCGGCGCGGCUGGGCGAGGCGCUCCACUGCGGCGAGGGCGGGGCAGCGGCCGGCAGCAGCAGCGGCACUAGCAGCAGCGGCAGUAGCAGCAGCAGCAGUAGCGGCAGUAGCCCCUUCCCGUGCGGCGGCGGGCUGUGGUCCAAGCUGCUGUGGUCUCUGAGCUCGGGCGCGGUGCUGGACCCAGUGCUGCGGCUGCAGAUGUGGGACUACAGCAAUUUCCUCUACAUCUGGACCCAGCUGGCGGUUGUGCUGAUUGCGCUGCUGGCCCCCGCGCUGUACGAGCGCUGCCGGCACGCGCUGAUGGCCGGCGCGGGCGUCGCCAUGCUGCUAGGCGUGCACUGGUCGCUGUGGGCCGCGCCGCCGGGGCCGUUCCCUCUCAACUCGUGUAUCAUGCUGUCGGCGCAGCGGCGGCGCAUAGGCUGUGUCUACAUGGGCUGGAAGAGCGCCACGGUGUUUCGUGUGCCCGCCUCAACUCAGCUGGUCACGGGGCCGCUGCUGUGGCUGCUGAUGGCGGCCGCGCUGCCGAUGACCGACCGCCGCAUGCCGCCGCCCGGCAGUGUCGCAGGCGGUGGUGGUGCGGACGGCUACCGGCGGCUCGCAUUUGACACGCUGCUUCUCUUCCUGUCCAUCGCCGUCCUGCCGUAUGUGCUGUGCCGCAUCUGGGAGGCCCGGGCGCUGCGGCCCGCCUAUCAACGCUACCUGCGUAACUUCACCCAGCAGCAGCAGCAGCAGCAGCAGCACCGGGGCACCACUGCAGGAGCCAGCAGCCCGACCUCCUCCUGUGGCUGCGUGGAGGAGGCCGGCGGCGUUGCAGAUGCAGUAGAAGCAGCAGGCAGCCGCCGGGCCACGGAUACGGCAGGCACCACCGCCGGUGCAAGCGGCUUAGGUGCUCGUGGCAGCUGUGGUGAUGACCACGACGGCAGCGCCGCAGGCAGCAGCAGUGGAGACGAUGACUGCAGUCUGGCCGCCGCGGCGUGGCCAUCAGCCCGUCAGUCGUUGCAGGCGUCGCCAGCAGCAGGCUUGCUGUACCGCCGUUCCCACACGACUGAAGGCGGCACUCCUUCGACGGUGGCGGCUGGCUUGCAGGCAGCAGAGGCUUGCGCCCCGGUCCAGACAGCACACGCUUCGGCGGCCGCCCACCGCUCAGUGCUGUACCGGUCCCACACCAAGGCUAACGGGCUCCUGAGACGCACUCGCAGCGCCCUAGUAAGCGUCAAGGUGCCCAUUCAACACCGCGGCUCUGGCUCCGGCGCCAGGGGCCUUGCCAGGAGCGCCGUUGAGAGCAGCUCUAUGGAUUUGCUGUCUUUCGAGCAGGCGUCGGCCCUUGUGCUGCGCAGUGCGGCAGGCGAGCUGAACGCGCACAAUGCUACACAAGCUCAGCGGCGGCUGCAGGCAGCGGCGCCUGCGGCCGUGCCGCUGCGCUGCCUGUCGGCGGUGUGUGUGGAGGGCUGCGUGCAGCUGCUGAUGGUGGUGCACUUCGUGACGGCGGGGGCGGAAGAGGAAGAGGCUGGUGGUCCGCAAGGGGAGGGGCAGGCGGCUGAAGGUGGGGGCUCGCCCCUACACCGGUCUGUUCACCACGUGCGGCUUCAGCCAGAGCAACUGUCCGUGGCAGCGACCGGCACUGGUCAGGUGCCUAAGGCUGUAGCCGGCACAUCGGCUGCGGUGACGGCAGAGGGGGCCGCCGGCGAUGCGGAGCGGGCGAUGGCUGCGGCCGCAGCUGCAGCCGUGCAACAGCUGCUGGCGCAAAUCGGGGCGGAGGUGGAGCAGAUGUCAACAGCUGCUGGUGCUUCCGCCGCAAGCGCCAGUAAUUGCGCUUCCAUCACAGUUGCCUCAACCGCUGCGCCAGCCUUCUGCUGGCCGCCUGCGCUGCCGCUGUUGACAACUGCGCCCGGCGAUGCGCCAGCUGGUGCUGAGGUGGGCGGGGCACCUGGUGAGGGUGACGAGGCGGUGGUGGUGCUGCUGCAGCUGCCGGCAGCCUCAGGUGGUGGCCUGCGCUCUGUGCGCUGCGUGCUGGCGGGACCAGCAGCGGUACCGCCAGCACCGGAGCCCGGAGGAGAAGGUGCUGGUGAGGGCGGCCGCGCAGGCGCGGCGGCGGCUGUAGCGCACAUGGACGUGGAGCUGCCGCUGCGGCCGCUGCAACAGCCACUGGCGGGCGGCGAGGCAGGCGGCGGCGUGGAAACCACUGUCUCGGCGUACGUCAGGCUGCCCGUGCCUCCGCGUGUGCGCAUGGGGGCCGGCGGGCUGCGUAUGAUGUAUGUGCUGCCACCCUUAGGACAUGACACCGCUGCCGGCACCGCCAAUGCCGCAUCGGCCAAGGAGAGUCCUUUCACCAUCACCACCACCACCACCACCAUCCGGCCAACGUGGCUAGCAGCAGAGCAUGGGGCCGAGGGCACGAACGCAUUCCCGGCGGCCUCCUCCCUGGCCUCCGCGGCCUCCGCCGCCGCCUUCGGCGACGGAGCAGGCACCUACGCAGAAUCACCUGCCGGAGCCAACCCCAGUUCAGUUUCUACCAAUGCUACAGUCAAUGCGUCCGCCGAUGCGGCCGGCACUUCCAGUGCCCGCAGUAGCAUGAGUGGCGGCCCUGACAGCACCGCACCACUGGCGGUCGUGCCGCUGCUGGUGGUGGGGUCGGAGGCGGCGGCGGAGCUGCACCAGCUGCAUGGGCAUGUGCUGGGAGAUGAGGCAGUGGCACAGCUGCAUCAGCUGACCACCACGGCUGUAGCAGGCGCCGCUGUGGAGGCUGAGGGAGGCAGUAGCCACAGCGCUGGAGAGGGGCUGUCGGGUGCUGCCGCGGCGCUGCAGCACAGCGGCCUGACCAGUCUGGUCCUGGACUUUGGGGCACUGCUGCAGGUGCCGCAGAGCUUUGCCGCCAGUGGCGCUGACGCCGAUGAGUCAGCCAUCACAGAAUCAGCGGCGGCGGCGUUUGUUGACCUGUUGCGCUUCCUUGCGGCACAGCGCAUGGCGGGCUGCCUGCGUGAAGCGCUGGCGCCGCUGCAGCGGGCGGGCGUGCAACUGCCUCUGUCGCUAGGAGAGGAUCAGGACAGUGCAGUUGCAGCAGCCACGGCCAGUGGCGAUGGCGCUGUGCUUCACGCGCGCCGGCAGACAGCAGCUGAAGACCCACUGCCGUCUCUUGCGCAGGCGCCUGAUACCGCUCCAGCAUGUGACGUACCGGGGCCCUGCGCUACAGCCGCCAAGCCCGCAGCUACAGCCGCCGCCAAGCCCGCAGCUGCCGCAGCUGCAGCUGAGAGCGAAGCAGCAGUGGAGGCAGCUGCGGCAGCGGCGGCGACACUCCCUCACCUGCAGCUCAGCGGCUCCACGCGCUCCCAGUUGGCCUGGUGGGUGCGUGUUACGGCACUCGGUUUUCCGCGUGUUCGACCCACUGGAGUUCCCGCAAGCGCCCAGCAGCACGGCAGCAGUAGCAGCCAGCAGCCACAGCAGGACGCCCCGUCGCCACAGCCGCUGAGCCCGGAGGCCGCUUACCAGGACCACAAGGCCGCAACCUGCCGCGCCCUGGACAGCAUGGCCCUGGUCGGUGACACCGCGUUCCGGGUCGUCUCACUCAUGCGCACCUGCAACACAGAUGCGGUGCCGACCCCAGUCAGCGCCGCAGCAGCAGCAUCCAAGACUGCGCUUGCAGCCACCUCAGCAAUGGCGGCCUACGCUGCGCGGAUCCGCACGGCGAUGGGUGGGUGCGGCCUGGCUGAGGGCUUGUGGCGAGCCACGCAAUUGGUGGUGGGGGCGGCAGGGCCCCAGGCAGACCCCGGGCUAGCCGCCGGCAGCUGCCCCCGCCCCUACCUGGAGGGCUGCUGCGGCGGCGGCGUCACAAGCCAGGACCUGCACGUGCUCGGACAGGCCGCCUUCCUCACGGCCGCUGUGGUCUGCCUCGCGCUGGCUGCCUGCACGCGGCUGCACCAGCGGCGGCGCAACGCCUUCCUGCUGCUGCGCGCGGGGCUGGACGCGGCCGUCUACCUGGCGAUGACGCUGCCGCUGCCACUGCCGCGCUGGCCGGCGCCGCUGCUGGGGCUGCCGCAGACCUGGCUCGACAUCAAUCGGCGCACCGGCCUACACUGGCUGGUGUUUGGGCUGUGCGAGCCGCUCAUGUUUCAGCUGUCGCCCUACCUGCAAGCAAUCCAGGCCCUCAUCUUCAUGCUGCCGCUGACGCUGAUUGGCUACCACUCCAGCGGCUGCCGCUGGCGGCCCGCGCUGCGGUUCGGCUUCGGGCACGCGCUGCUGGCGCUGGCGGUGUCGGCGGCCACGGACGCACGGAGCCGGGUGCUGUACCUGCACCGGGCGCGGGGCGGCGCCGGCAAGGCGGCCCUGAACUGAUGAAUAUGCUGUGUGCUAACGGUGUGCUAGCAGGGUACAGGAUAUGGGGUUGCCGGCGCCAGCAUUUAAGGCUGGGAAAGUAUGAGCACCAGUACAUGAAAUGUCACACAUGGCUUUUGAUCAGAUCUGGCGGUAGAUUGAUUGGAUGACGGGACGGACGGGACGGGGCGAACGGGGUUGGGAGCGACGGUGCGCAUGGUGGUUUCUUCUCUUCGUGAAAGUUGUGAAGUUGUUGCGGUCCUUGCACGAGCCCUACCUGGGCAGCAACUACACGUUGCGUGUAUGUGGGGUGACUGGCGUCGUAAUGCCUAAUGUGCAGCGUGAGAGCCUGAGUGCCUGACACGUUGGGGCUGGCGCCAGAGGGGCUGCCAGUAAGAAGUAGCAUGCGGGUAUGUACCGUUGCAGCAUGUGAUCGGGAUUCUGCAGCCCAUGACCCCGUGCAGAAAUGCUGUGGACAUCGCUUUGGCAAC